CGGGAGUGUUAACGGACCGGAAUUUGCUGCGGCGGAGAGUCUCCGGACUUCAAACAACAACAAAAUAUACUGUAGAUGGACUACCUAGAUACUGGCAGAAACUUCUCGGAAAUCUGGUAGAGCUUUGAGGGUGCAUAUAGUGGGAAAGUAUCUGCAGCUACUCCAUACAGAUACUGCUCAUAGGCAAAGCUUGAUAUCAGUGUAACCGGUGUUUGCUUCUCAACAAGCCACCACUGCCACCACUGCCACCACCCGUCUGGAUGUACCCGACUCACGUCCCCUGUACGGUUUUCACAAGCUUCGUGUGCUGACAAGCAAAUCUUACCCCAGCCCAACCAAAGCCCAGCUCUCUCCAGCUUCAGUGCACACUGCACUCAGCACCGCACACACCAAGCCCACACGCAAAAGACCCACCAAGAAGAAAUUGGUCCAGGCAACCCAGUUUGGGGAUACGUCAGCGGAAAGAAGAGCCACCAAGAAACAUCACCGACUACCACAACCACUCUGCCCGCGGAAACAACCCGAUUUUCGACCAACACAUCCACAUCCGUCAACUCCCCCGUUCCUCCUUUAUACAGAUCCAAGGGGUUGGCUGCGGCUUUUUGAUGCGACGAACAACAUCGUAGUCGCAUCCGCAGGCCUCCCAACGACUCGGCGCCCUCCCAAGAAAGAGAACUGCGCCCGAAAGGAAGGGGUAUCGAAAACUUUUUCCUGCGGCAUCGACCUCAAGAUGGCACCGCGCAGAGGAAUCAAGUUCAACCAUCGGAAUGGGCAAAGUUCAGGUAUAGAUGGACGAAGGAGCAGUUUCUCGGACAUUAGUGAGGCAGCAUCAGAGCCUGGAUCGCCAGCCAAACCGGGCCACGGGAGUGAUGUUGCGACGGAGGUAAGAAUUUAUCCACUCGAGUGUGCUUGCAAGAAGAGCUCUGGCUAACUCGUUUACCAAAGAUCCAAGAUGCGCCGAUUUCCGAAUACGAAAAGAAGAAGCAGACCUUUGUAACGCGAUCGAUAUGGACGUUUGUAAUGAUUGGCGCCUUCUUUGGCGCCAUGUUCAUGGGACACAUCUACAUUAUCAUCAUCGUGACCGGUGUUCAAAUCGUCUCAUUCAAAGAAGUCAUUGCAAUUGCCAACGUGCCCAGUCGGGCGCGCCGGUUGAGAUUUACAAAAUCACUGAACUGGUACUGGCUAGCUACUACUAUGUACUUUCUUUAUGGUGAAAGCGUCAUUUACUACUUCAAACACAUUGUGUUGGUUGAUAAAGUCCUCUUGCCCUUUGCAACCCAUCAUAGAUUCAUAAGCUUCAUGCUCUAUGUCAUCGGUAAGCUUUUAGGGGAAAGGCGCUCAAAACGUGGCUAAUUAAAAUCUCAGGCUUUGUAUUCUUCGUCACAUCUCUUCAGGCGGGCCACUACCGUUUCCAGUUCACACAAUUCGCAUGGACUCACAUGGCUCUGUACUUGAUUGUGGUACAGGCUCAUUUCAUUAUGAACAAUGUCUUUGAGGGCAUGAUCUGGUUUUUCCUACCAGUUUCUCUCGUGAUUUGCAACGAUAUAUUUGCCUACCUGGUUGGUAUCACCGUCGGGAGAACUCAACUUAUCAAACUUUCUCCCAAAAAAACCGUGGAAGGGUUUCUCGGUGCUUGGCUCUUUACCGUCAUUCUCGGCGUUGGAAUGACCAACGUUCUCAUGCGGUACAAGUAUUUCAUCUGCCCUGUAAAUGUAAGAAACUUCAAUAUGGUCGAGUAACAUCCACUAAUAUCAACAGGAUCUUGGUGCAAACAUCUUUACCGGACUCGAGUGCGUACCAAAUCCAGUAUUCGUCCCACACGUUUAUAAUCUUCCCAUCUGGUUUCCUUUCUUCAAGAGCUUCAUGAUGGCACCCCUGCAAAUUCAUAUCCUUCUUUUCGCUACUUUUGCCUCUUUGAUUGCUCCAUUCGGAGGUUUCUUUGCCUCUGGUCUUAAGCGUACUUUCAAGAUCAAGGACUUCGGCGAUUCCAUUCCUGGUCAUGGUGGAAUCACUGAUCGUAUGGAUUGCCAAUUCAUUAUGGGUUUCUUUGCGUAUAUGUAUUAUCACAGUUUCAUUGCAGUCUACAAUGUAUCUCUUGGCGGGGUCAUUGAGACUGCUAUCACUGGACUUACUCCAGAGGAGCAGGUGGAACUUGUGAAGGGAAUUAGCAAGCAUCUUGUAAAUCAAGGUGUGAUUGCAGAAGGCGUAAGUACUGUCGCAUUCGAUUCCACAAUUACGCUAACGUCAUCUAGGUCCUGGAUUGCCUGAAUACCGUCGUCAAAAGAUGAUGAGUAGAAAAGUUGUGACAUUACGAAUGAUGAUAUUGUCAAAUUGCAUGCCUUCUCGUGUAUAAUACCCCUUUUUAUUCUCGUCUAUAUCUACGGUUCCACUUGGAUUCUUCUUUGUUUAUUGAGGGCUCAGGUGAAAUAUUUGCUGGGCAUGAAAGAGAUAUGGGACCUGUGUACUUGGCGAAGUGAAACGCUGAUAUUUAAUGCGGCUGUGGGUGGG